AGGUAAUUGAUCGGUUUAGGGGUUAUGUUAUCGGGAUAGCACAGCCCUCUUCUCGACUAAAACCCCAAGAAUUUGAUUCUUUUCUCUGCACUAAAAUCCAUGGCUUUAUCGACGAUUCCUUGCCACAAGGGUCCCUCCAAGUUCUUCCCCAACAAUGGUUUUCUCCGAGCCACUUCUCUCCCGUUUCGGCCGACGUUUCUUCGGGUCUCCGGACUACACUCGAAGAGCAGGAAUACGGUGCUUUGUGCGACAUUUUCUGGUACCGGAAGCUCGGGUGCGAAUAGCGACGCAAACCCCUAUGAGGUACUUGGUGUGAAUCCCCUGGAAGGAUUCGAUAUGGUGAAGGCUGCUUACGCCAAAAAGCGGAAAGAUGCAGAGAAGAGGGGCGAUGAAGCUGCUGCAUCUCAGUUGGAAAAGGCAUAUGACAAAAUAAUGAUGUCUCAGUUAACAAAAAGGAAAAAAGGCGAGACGUUUGGAUCGUUUCGGGUUUCUAAGGAUAUAAAGUAUGCUGACAAGCAACCAAUUGUUCCAUGGGCCCCAAGGCCUGCCAAAUCUGAGGCCAAAGAUAUUCAGAUAAACAUGGCAAUAUCUGCUGUAUUUACUGCUUGGAUCUUUUUUCAGCGUAACGCUGAAUAUAAACCCUUGCAGUUUCUAGCUUUUGUGUUUUUUUAUCGGGUAUUUGAGAAGUUGAAGGCCUUUGACUCACCUGCUACUUCUGCUUUUACAGAAGAUGGCGAGGAUGAAGGUAGAAUGAUGCGAAUGGGCAAAAGACUACUUCGAUCUCUUGCACUAGUUUUUGGAUGUGUAGCUUUUGCAUCAUUGGGAUACACUGCUGUUAUAAAUGUCUUUGAAUUUGCUACUGGUUUUGUGCCUAUUUUCUUGUACAACAACCAGGAGCUGCUUGUAACUGCGUCCUCGGCGCUGAUGCUUCACGUGCUAGCAUCGUUUUACAGAUAACCUCUACUAGUUGAGCUCAACAAUGAGAAUGACGGCGCAGGUUUGUGACUAAUGCUGAUAUUUUUUGCUGAACUUUUGCCUGUAAUAGGGACCAGUUUUGAGAUUGUUUAAAUAUAUAAAUAUCUGAAAUUGCGGCGAAAAGUGAGUUAUGCAAUUUUAGUUCUUUGGGGGUUCAAAAUUUGCGAAGCCAUGAUGGGGUUGUAUGGUUUGCUGACUUAUUGUUUGGAUUACCUUCUCAAAGAGAAAUAAAGGAAAAUGAACAUGAAAUGAAAUGAAAAUGUG